AUGAACAAGUUAAAGCAAAAGACCGACCACUAUGUAUCUCGUAUUGAUGCUGAAUUAUCCAACUAUGAAUAUGCCAACGAAAUUCAACGUCGCACUGGUUUGCCCAAGGCUUACGUUGUUAUCGGCACCGUUUUCACCAUUUUCAUGAUGAUCUUUUUCAAUUUGGGUGCUCAAUUCUUGACAAAUAUGAUUGCUUGGAUUUAUCCUGCUAUUGCUUCUUUUAAGGCUAUUGAAUCCGAUGAUAUUCAUGAUGAUACUCAAUGGUUGGUCUACUGGUGUGUAAUCGGUUUCGCCAACAUGCUUGAAUACUUUUCUGACAUUUUGCUUUACUGGUGCCCCUUCUACUAUCUUAUUAAGACUGCUUUGGUUCUCUGGCUCAUGUUGCCUCAAUUCAGAGGUGCUGAAUUUGUCUACGAACGUUUCUUGUGUCCCAUUCUCUCUGAAGACAAGGAAAAGAAGCAUGCUACUGCUCCUAUCACUCCUGUCGCUCCUGCUGUCCCCAUGCGUACUACUGGUAUCAACUCUGCUGCCAUCACCGGCCAAAAGCUUGAAUAA